UGUGUGUGUGUGAGUGUGUGUGUGUGUGUGUGAGCACUAGCGAGAGAGCUCUGCUGCAGUGGAGGUGAGUGUGUGAGGGGGGACUGCAGCUCCGCUCUGCGCUCUCAGGGAUGUUGCCAAGGCACUGAAAACUUCACCUUCGCGAGUCGCAGCGUUGAAUGGGUCGUGUCCCUUCCUCCCGGGAGAACACAGCCUCUGCCUGGCCCGGAGUGAGGAGCGUGUGUGUGAGUGUGUGUGUAGCUAGCUCACCACCACCACCAUGAAGCUGAACCUGCUGCGGCAGCCCCAGGCAAUGGUGGCCCCGGAGCCCACGGGAGCCAGCACCACCAGCGCCAUGACCGCGUCCCCGGUGCCUGCCAUCUCCACCUCCGCUGGCAACUCCAGCGAAACCGAGGGGACCGUCAACAAAAACGACGUCUUUGAGGAGAUCAAGAGCAAGUUCCUCAACGAGAUUGACAAAAUCCCACUACCACCCUGGGCGAUCAUCGCUAUCGCCGUGGUAGCGGGCCUGCUCAUCAUCACCUGCUGCUUCUGCAUCAUCAAGAAGUGCUGCUGCAAGAAGAAGAAGAACAAGAAGGGCAAGAAGGGCAAGGACGGCUUCAACAUGAAGAACAUGCAGGGAGAUAAACAUCAGGAUGAUGACGAUGAGGAAGGUGAGACAGGGCUGACAGAGGAAGAGAAGGAGGAAGAGGAGAAGGAGGUUGAGAUGCUGGGAAAACUGCAGUAUUCACUGGCUUACGACUUCACAGACAAUAAGCUGACCGUGGGCAUCCUUCAGUGUGCCGACCUGGUUUCCAUGGAUUCAGGUGGCACCUCCGACCCCUACGUGAAGGUCUUCAUUCUUCCCGACAAGAAGAAGAAAUUUGACACAAAGGUGCAAAAGAAAAACCUAAAUCCAGUGUUCAACGAGUCCUUCGUUUUCAAGCUUCCCUAUGAAGAGCUUGGAGGGAAGACGCUGGUCAUGUCUGUGUACGACUACGACCGCUUUUCCAAGCACGACAUCAUCGGGGAGGUGAAGAUUGACUUCAAAUCCAUUGACCUGGGAAAACCCAUUGAGGAGUGGAAGGAGCUGGAAAGUGUCGAGAAAGAGGAGCCGGAGAAGCUGGGAGACAUCUGCAUCUCGCUGCGUUACGUGCCCACAGCCGGCAAACUCACCGUCAACGUCCUGGAGGCCAAGAACCUCAAGAAGAUGGACGUCGGUGGACUUUCCGAUCCUUAUGUGAAGAUCCAGGUGCUUCAGAAUGGCAAGAAGUUCAAGAAGAAGAAGACCACAGUGAAGAAGAACACCCUGAAUCCCUACUUUAAUGAGUCCUUCAGCUUUGAGAUCCCUCUGGAACAGAUGCAGAAAAUCCUGGUAGUGGUCACCGUCUUUGACUACGACAAGAUCGGCUCAAACGACGCCAUCGGGAAGCUGUUCAUCGGUAGCAAGGCGUCAGGCACGGAGAUGAAGCACUGGGCCGACAUGCUGGCCAACCCACGCCGGCCCAUUGCCCAGUGGCACCCGCUCCGUCCAGAGGAGGAUGUGGACGGAGCCCUGGCCUCGCUCUUUGCCAAGAAGUAAUGCCAUGGAGACCAGCUGACGCCAUGGAAACCAACCAAUUAACCAACCAACCAACCAACCAACCAACCAACCAACCCACAAACCGACUAACCAACCCUCCCCUCAUCCUCCGCCUAAUCUUCGUAUUCUUCCUGAUCAUACUCUUCCUCCUCGUACUCCUCGCUCCACUGCAUGAGUGUCAUGACCCACUGUACACCCCCCCACGCCUCUCAGCAAUCCUCCGUAUCCAGUACUCACAGUAUGAACACCAUAGGGGGGGGAGGGGUGGGGUGGGGGGAUCAAAUGUAAACUCCAUUGAUGAGUUUUAACUCCAAAUUUACACUCUCACUGUCUUCAUCACCAGUUAGUGCACAGUGAGGGCCGAGUGUGUGUGAAAUGACGAGAGCCGGAUAGAUCAACGUGUGUGACUUGUUUAUAGCUCAGCGCUGACUGGUAACUUGUUGAAAUGUGUUUACUAAAGACGAGCUUUCCGAUAGUCUAAAUUUUACAGAUGCCAUUACGUUUUUUCACCUUCUGGAUGAGUCUUCCGAUAGGUGUUACAGUAUAUCCACAGACAGCACUCAGGCAUGGCAAAGUGCUGAGUGAGUAAAGUGCCAUUCAUAUCGACAGAAUUCAUCAGCAACUACUAGUGAAUAACAUACACAUUAAAUAUUUGCCAUUAUUUUCUUUGUUCUCUGGUUGAAGAACUAGUUGUACUCCAGGUGUUGUUAUGAUGUCCGUUUGGGGCUGGGUAGACAUAGUUUAUGGCCUUUUGGCAUCUUGAAUGAUGAUAAUGUGUGCCUAACUGUUGCCAUUGACACAGGUUUUCUUGACUGCAGCAGCCAAGGUAAACCAGAGCAUUGUAAUAAAUGUAAUUGUUGCAAUUCAAAAGAAGUCAGCCAAUAACUCAACUAUGGAGAGAACAGAAAUAGCCUAAGGAUAUUCUUUAAAGCGAUGACAGACAUAUCUUAAGUAUAUAGUGCCAUGAAAAGCAAUUAUUUUAACAUGUAUUCUCAUGUGCUUUUCCGGUAGAAAGAGUCAGAUAAUUUCACGUAGGCAUAGGCAACACAUUGCGUAAUGUUACACAUAUGGCUGGGAAAUUCUGAGCCAACUAAAGCAAUUUAACCCAACCCACCCAAUUCAGUGUCCUUCGAAUGUGAUGAUGGUACACGUGCAGGAAUGUCCAGGGAGACGCAUGUGAGAGUGGGGCACUUUAUCUGUUGUCAUAGAGGGGUCAAUCUCAUGUACCUCAUGGGUCAGAGGACACUGCUUUCACAUACAGCCACCAGGCGACUCAUGGGACACAUUUACUGUUACAGCAGAGCCUAUAUUACUCUUAGACCCUCUGCACACUAACCCGGGUACAUUUGAAAACACACAAUUAUGUCUCUGUUUCUUCUGUCCACACUGAAACAUGUAGUCUAACAAUGUUCAGGACAUCACUCAUGCUAUAAGAGAACCUCAGCUCUACACUAAGGACACACACACACACACACACACACACACACACACACACACAUGCUGCAUAGAGCAUGCUGUGGCUGCACACAUCUGCUAUUUCAAUGUUUUAGGACAUUCCCUCAUUUAGUGACAUGGCACACACACACACACACACACACACAAAGUGAUGAUUACUCAUUCAGAACACACACUCUCACACAAACACACAUAUAUACACUCACAUCCGCAGGCACAGAACUCACACACACAUUCAGACUUGUCUGCGAUGUGUUUAAUUUCACUGCCUUUUGUUUGUGUUAAGCAAACCUCACUGAUGUGCUCCUCUCAAACCCAUCCAAUUCACAGCGUCGCCCAUUUAAUAAGCCAAAGUACUCGUUCAGUUCUGGAGGUCUAACAGCGCAGUUGUGUGUCAGGCAUGCGUUAGUGUCAGUGUCCCUCCACAGGAUUGCAGCCGUCUCCUGCUGUGUAGAUGAGCCCAUAUAGAGCAACUGAGAACCAAGGAGAAAGACAAGAGACUCCAUCAAGUCAGUUCAUCAGUGAGCACUUUCAACUCCCCUCUUCUCCCCACCCGAUUGUGUACAUAAUGCAUUCAGCAAAACUUGUCAAUACCGCAUGUACCAAGACAAUGUUGUAAAUAGAAGCAUGAUUUCAAGAUAGGACAUAAUGAUAUUGUGUAUGUGUGUGUGUGAGCGUGUGGCAUUUGUCGAUUUGAUAAUAAAAUGAGAAGAGAAAAUGCACUGACUGCACAUUUUAUGUAACUCCUCCUGGGCGGGUGCUGGACUCAACAUAAAAGUAGAUAAAAUGGUUAUAUAUUUUAAAAAAAUUCAGGUUCUUUUCAUGUUUAGAACACGCUUGUUAAGAGUUGUGUGCAAGAUCAGUGUUGAAACCAUAUUCAGCAUCUUGUUGGAUUUUAUUUCAAAUUAUUAUGUUUUUAUGUGUUAUUUUUAUAUACUUAACAGUUAUUUGUAUUUUGUCAAUAUUACAGAAAAACUGCACUGGAGAAUCUUAUCUGGUUAUACAUAGGGGGCUACAAGUCAACUGAUUUUCAAUGGAAUCCCAAUUCAAUUCCUAAACAGCUGGAUCUGGUUCAGAUCUGGCCCUCAUCCGCUAAACCCAUGCCAGACCAGGCUCCAUAGCUCCUCCAGAGUCAAGCAUUGUUUGAUUGCAUUACUGUGUGAUUGCAGUGUUUGAUUGACUGCACAGGUCAGGACUGCUCAUUCACGAUCGAAUGACAGGUAAACCAAAAAAAAAGAGAAAGAAAAUGCAAAGCUGCAUCCUGACCCAAACUAAAAUGCACAGGAAACACUGAGUGUAUACUAAAGAACAGCAAAACACUCAGACGCUUAGACUUGUAGCCCUCCCUGAUUAGUUUGUCCCUCUGUUCAGCUUUCUCUCAUGCUAGACACACUGCCUCAUAUAGCUGAUGACACUGGAGCACUGGACCCAAUGGCCAGAGCUUGACCAGAUGUAUUCCAGAGUCAGAGGUUAUCUGAUGCAACAUUUGCAAUGUAUUUUCAUUCACGUGUAUGAACUCUCAUCCAAACAAUAAGCCAUAAAUGCCAUGAGACAAGAAGAUCCUCUGACUCUUACUGUAAAACAAAUGUUGUAGUCAUUGUGAAGGUGGGGAGGACAUGUCUCCCUUGUUUUUGUAGAGUUAGCGAUUUAAAGCUUUUACAUUUUGAGGCAGUCUGUUCAAAGACUGCCUCCCGGGUUUUAUUUUUAUUGUUCCUAAUCAACAUCAACUGUGUUUUGAAUCCCAGAUGUAUUUUGUACACACGGAGAAGAGUGCGGAUGACAUGCAGUGAGAGAGUGGGAGGGCAUUAAAUGUGCUCACGCGUAAUGUAGCCACAUGCUAGUUCAUUUGGUGUUUUGCAUUUAAGAAGACAAAUGUAUGACUGCUUGCUCAAUGUGUGGUGAAACUGUAGCGCUCCAUGAGUGUCGGUGGCAUGAUUUUGAAAUAUAGCAUCUGUUUCCACAGUCACUUUCAGAUAGUCUAGUACUUUAUUUUCUAAUAGUGUGGACACGGUUUGAAUCUACACAUGAAGACACACACACACACACAUAUAUAUAUAUAUAUAUAUAUAUAUAUAUAUAGAAAUAUCAUCUGAUACAUAAUUUUUUUCAAUUCAAAUUAUCAUGAUUGAUGAAAAUCAUUUAUGGUGUAAAACAUUAAAAAUACUAUAUGGAUUAAUACAAUAGUAUGACAGCAGUCUAGAUUUUGGAUAUAUGCAGUAUAUAUAACAAAGAUUUUUCUAUAAUAAUUAAUAAUAAAAAAAUACUCAGAGAAAAAUAUAGAUUUUACGGCUAGGAGGCUAGGAACUUAAACAAUCAAUGUUUGUUUGAAACAUGGAUUUUCCAAGUAUCUCAAAGAGCGGAUGGUUACUCAGAGAAGCAUGCCAUUUACUUGUGUUUAUCACUGUGUGUACGAAGAGUAAUAAAUCAUCUCAAUGAUUUCCUUCAUUUAUCUGUUUCCUUCAGUGUGCAUUUUAAACUAUCCCAUGUGACAACCCUUGAUUGUGAUUUUGAUUGUAAUUUUGCCCUCCUUCUCAUGGUUCUCCAUGGGGUUGUGUUGUGUGCUAUGCAUCGGGGUCUGGGGUAGGUGCUCUGACGUGCUGUGUGCUUUCUGUUGUUCUCUGAGCCAUUUCGGACUCUUCUUCAGCAGCUCGCUCGCUCGCUCGCUCGCUCUCUCUCUCUUUUUCUCUGUGUGUGUUGGCUUUAAGUGUUGUGUUUCGCACUAGGAUAAACGGAGCCUACUGUGUCCUCUCUGUCCCUGACUUUCAAAAAAGAAAAGAAAGGAAAGAAAGAAAGAAAAUAAACGGGGGGGGGAUCCAGUGACCCCUGUGACACAGGCAACAGAAUCCCCCCCCUACCCCUUCCCUUCUUGGGACACUGUGGAGGCCCCACAUAUUCGCCUUGUGUUGAACAAACUCUUAUUUUCCAGGUGGACCAAUGUUGUCACAAAGCUUUUCUUCUCAAUGCAAUACUGCCGACCCCCUGCAGCUUACUAAUGCCCUCUACCAUGCCCGUCACCUCCAACAUGACUACUGUUCAUCGCCCCCUCCUCUCCCCUCACAGCUACUUCCUGUUUUUCUGGCCUCUUCCUCUUCUUAUUCUUCCUCCUAUUAUUAUUUUCUUCUUCUUCUUCUACUUCUUCUUCAAUCUCUUGUAGAGGUAUCUGUGUUGGUAGCUGUUCCUACUGUGGAUGCUUUGGCAUGCUUCGCUCCCUUAUGAUAAGGACAUAUCACUGUUGAACAUAACAUCCCUUCUACAAUAAAUCCCUAAGGCUUUUUGUCAUCCCUGUGUAAAUCAAACAGUGAACAGUGUUGAAUCCUCAAGGGCACCACAUAAAAGGUCUCCAUAACAGAUUUACUCCAUGUGUUAUCAACUAGCAAUCGUAAGAAAUAAAGGCCUUUUAACUA